AUGGCUUGCCAACACGAUUCAGGCAAAGACUGUACAUACAUCGAAGCUACCCAGAUGCAAGCGCAAGAGCUGGCCAGGGCAGCUACCAACGGCUCCACCUCCGAGGUCGAGGCAAUUCUUCAGCGGCCACAGCACCCGGACAUGGUCGAUACGCAGGGUACAAGUCCUCUCAUGGAGGCUGGUGCCGACAAGAACCUGGGCGACAAUGACGGCUACACUGGCUUAAUGCUAGCUUCUUCACAAGGCCAGCCUGCAAUUCUGGAAAUCUUGGUGGCAACCGGUGCCGACAAGAAUUUGCGCAACAAUCACGGCUGCACUGCACUCAUGCUAGCAUCUCAGGAAGGCCAUGCAGAGAUUGUACGCUUGCUGCUGGAGGCUGGUGCAGACAAGAGCUUGGCAAGCAACCACGGCUACACUGCCUUGACGCUUGCUGCUCACGCAGGCCAUGCAGAAGUUGCACGCUUACUGCUAACCGACGGUGCCGACACAGACAUGGCCAGGAUCAACAGUGGGCACACUGCCCUAAUGCUAGCUUCUGCACAAGGUCAUUUGGACAUUCUGCAAGUGCUGCUGGAAGCCGGUGCGGACAAGAACUUGACCACCGACGACGGCUGCACUGCGCUGAUGCUGGCUUGUUAA